CUUUCAGUUUUCUUAUUGCAUCAUUUAGAAAAAGAAUUCGUUUGAGAAAUUUCUAAGCGCAACAUGAAGGUUUUUGUGGGAUUACUUUUGUCACUUUUUGUUCUUCAGACUUUUGCAACUCCAGUUUUCGAGAAUCCAGACGCUCCCGAACAUAUUCCAAAAAAUGAUCCUCUAGAUGUUGUUGAGCGGUUCCGAACAGAUGUCGAUUAUUGGUUUGUCAGAUAUCAAAACUUCUACGACAGAGCUAAUGCAGCUAUGAGAGAUUAUCGUUUUGCACAUGUUGAUUUAGUGACAAGAGUCUACAAUGAUAUGAUGGAAGUUUUCGGUGAUGACAUUGAAGCAAUUCGUCAAACUGCUUAUGAUUUGAAUGAUGUGAUUGCUGAACGUCAAGCUCAACUUGGAGCAGACAACGCUUGUCUUCAAGGUGUCAUGGAAGAAAUGACUCAAAAUUCAGCUCGUUCUGGUGCAAAUAUCCAAUCUUGUGCUCUUUACGCCAACUCCACACUUGAAACUUUGUUGACCAACGUGUUCUAUCCAACAUUUAUUGGCAUUCAAGAAACUAUGUCAACUGUCCCUGUUGCUGUUGUCGACGCUCUUUCAAGAGGAAACGUUUUACAAGAUGAAGAAGCAAUUGUUGAAUUCUUAGAAGCAGGUUAUCGUAUUUAUGAACGUCAAUGGAUCACUGCUGUGUCUCAAUUACUUCGAUGGGAAACAAACCGAUUCCAAACUGAUGGCCUCUUCUUGGUUGAUGAGAUGAGAAUUUGCUUGUCAGGUGCUGUUGUUGCCUACAUCGUAGAGGCUGCUCGGCUUACGACUGCAGUUCAAGCUUGUUAAAGAAAUAAGUAACAACCGAUUGAAAAAUAAUUAAAUAAAAUCAAAUCACUUCAUUUAUACCA